AUAGAAGACGCGUAGAAAUAGGGACUCUCAGCUGUAUUUGUGCCUAGUUUUGUUGACUUUGAAACAUGCAUCUUAUUGCUGUCUUUUUCUUGUUAGCCACAAUUCUUACAAAAGUAUCUUCUUUCUGUCCUUCUCAGUGCACGUGUGCUUUCCACAGUAGGAGUGACGGCACUGGAACCAGGUCUGUAUUAUGUGAUGACCCAGAUAUGUCUGAGAUCCCUGUCAAUGUUCCAGUGGAUACAGUUAAACUUCGCGUUGAGAAAACUGUUGUUCAACAACUUCCACGGGAAGCAUUUUAUUACCUUGUGGAUCUAAAAUAUCUCUGGCUGACAUAUAAUGCCAUCAGUACCAUAAACCCUCAAAGCUUUUAUAAUUUAAAAGAACUCCAUGAAUUGCGCCUUGAUGGAAACAUGCUGUCUACCUUUCCUUGGGAUUCACUGCAGGAAAUGCCAAAUCUUCGAACUCUUGACUUGCACAAUAACAGACUGUCAACGAUUCCUGCUACUGCAGCUCGAUAUCUGAGAAAUAUAACCAAUUUAGAUAUAUCUAGUAACAAACUCACUACACUGCCAUCUGACUUGUUAGAUAUUUGGCCUGCACACUCAAGAUAUCAUGAGUUUGAUAAAGAUCCAAUGAAGAGAGUAAUUCUAGGUUUUCAAGAUAACCCAUGGUUCUGUGACUGUAGGAUAUCAAAGUUGAUUGAACUUUCUAAGACAGAAGAAGCAUUAGUUAUUCUAAUGGAUCCUCUCCUGACAUGUAGUGAACCUGAAAAUAUUGCAGGAGUUUUCUUCCAGAGAGUUGAGCUUGAACAGUGCCUCAAACCAUCAGUCAUGGCUUCAGCAACCAAACUUACAUCACCUGUUGGAAGUAAUGUCUUGCUCCGCUGUGAUUCAAAAGGAUAUCCAACCCCAUCGCUUGUCUGGCUCAGGGGGAAUGGCUUACCAUUUAACCAUUCAGUUGUCCAAGAAUCGCCAGCAGACGGAAUCCGAUGGUCAAUAAUAAGUUUGACAGGAAUUUCCUAUAAAGAUGCUGGAGACUACAGAUGUAAAGCGAAAAAUCUAGCUGGAGCAUCGGAAGUCUCUAUUACUCUCACUGUUGUAGAAACCGUUACUACAGCCUCUCCUCAGAGGCAGAGCCUUUUGAAGAAGUCGAGUACAGAACAAGAGAUUUCAACUCCAGCAAAUAAGGAACAAAAAAUGGAAAGUCUGACAACAGACGCACUCUUCUCUGUCUCCACCACAUCAUCAACAAAGGAAAAGAUUCUUCCCGUUGAUAAAGCCAUGCCGGUGGCAGAUGAAAGGAAGCUCACCAAGUUGCAAGUAGAGAAAAAAUCAGACAAAAUGACUCAACAUGUCAAUGAGAACAAGAAAAAGGGCCUACCAUUCAAUACAACGGCAACACCAGAAGAAAAUGCAAUUAUUAAAAACCUGAGAGUUAUCAGUGAGACAGCCCAGAAAGUUUCCAUAAGCUGGAAAAUUUCAAAUUAUAGAAGUGGCACUGCCUUAAAUGUGCUCUACUCAAAGUAUGGUGAGAAAGAUGUUCAGAAGGUCAAUGUGGACCCUAGCAAAAGUAAAAUAUCACUGGGGGGAUUGACGCCAAAUACAAAAUAUACAGCAUGCAUAUGUCCGAAAGGCAUCCAACCUAAAAAAGAACAAUGUAUAGUGUUUUCGACAGAAGGAGAACCCAACACAAGUGGCCAUCAAACCCUAUUGACGAUUAUUGGUGCUGUACUAGGAUGUAUUAUUGGAGCAGGACUCCUUUUGAUGCUGUGUUAUGAGCUAGGCAAAGUUCAUCACAAACGGAGAAAAAGAGCAGAGCAGGAGCUAAUCGAAGAUUCUUAUGUGAAAUUUGAAACUCUGUCACUCAGAACACAGCCAGUAAGGAGAGGGAAUGAUUCAUGGACUCGGCGCGAUACUGAAUCUCAACGAUUACUGUUGUGCUCAAGAUCAAGCAUAGAUUCACAGAUCACUUUCAAGAGUGACAGUUCUAGGUCUGAGUAUCUUUGCUGAUUUGUGCAGCGCAUUGACUGUAAUGUGCUACAGAAGGACAUCUAUGAUAUCUGCAUGUUUCCGAUUAUCUGUUAACAUGUGCAUAUGCAGUGAAGAACACAGAUUUGUAUAUUAUUGUUUUUCAAACCGUAUUCAAAAUAUCAAUUCUUAUUUCAUACUGAAUA